AUGUCAUCCGAUGAAGAAGAACGUUCACUUAAAAAGCAAGUUUUUAAGAGCUCAGUUGAAAUACAAAAAGCUCGUCUUGAACGUCUAAUGAAGAAUGUGGAGAAACCUGUGUUUAUACCGCAAACAAGAGACAUGAAAACACCACGUGCUUUUACACCACAUGAAUACGUAAGAAAUGUUAUGGGUGCAAGUGCGGGUGCUGGAUCAGGUGAGUUUGAUAUUUAUCGGGGCUGUCGUCGACGUCAAAUGAUUCGAGAAGCCUAUCUUAAUCGUGAAGCUAAAGAGAAAGAAGCCAAUGCUGAAUGGUUAAAAAAAGUUGAAACAAGUAAACAAAAAGCGGAUAGCCAAGCAGCUAAAAAACGACAAAAGCGUUUGAAACGUAAAGCUUAUUCGAAAAAUAAAAAUCAUAAUGAUAACCAAAAUGCCAAUAAAACAAAUGAAAGUGCUUCAUCAUCCAGUGAAGAUGAAGGUGAAGAAAAAUCACAGCCAGAAACAAACACUUCUGAUGCUCCAGUAGCAAAUACGGAAGAAAAUCAGUCUGCUAAAGAGUCAAUACCAUUAUUAUCAUCAUCAUUGCAACCAAAUGAGAAAACUGAUAUUCGAAAGCACAUAAGACAUAGAAAAGCCGAUUCAAGUGAUGAUGAAAAAGAGGAAAAGAAAUUGAAAACAACCAAUUAA